UAUUUUCAGAUUUCGAAACACAAAACUCAAGAAGAAGACUUUCUGAAGAAGACACCAGUUUGUUAGAAGCUCUGAAUGCAAGUGGAAAAGAGCGCCCUCUAGCAGCAAAGCCGUUUCGCACACUCCAGAGACAUCGAGUUCGUUUUCCAGUAACAAAGCCUGAAAUCCAGCAAGUUCAUAUUCUGGACGACUCGUAUAACGGGUUUAUUCAGUAUCUACUUUCUUCUUGUUGGAAAUGGAACUUCAACGCCUUUUCGCUAGAUGUGGCUACUGGGGGGCGCUCCGUGUCCGUUCUGUUACUUCACCUGUUUCAUCACUAUGGUUUUACUAAGAAGUUUCAUCUGGAUGCGCUGAAAAUCCUUCACUGUUUCACUCUAGUGGAGAGUGGUUACCAUAGAGACAAUCCCUACCAUAAUGCCGUUCAUGCCGCUGACGUCACUCAAGCGUUGCAUUGUUUUCUCCAAGAGGAAACUAUUUCAAAGUAUUUGGAUCCAGUGGAAAUCAUGGCCUGUCUUAUAGCUGCAGUUUGUCAUGACCUUGAUCACCCAGGUUUCACCCAGCCUUUUUUACUGGCCACUUCCAACCACCUAGCAGUAUUAUACAAGAAUUUUUCUGUGCUGGAAACUCACCACUGGAGGAUGGCUGUCUCAUGCCUCAGGGAGUCAAAGUUAUUGGAUCACCUAGAGAAGGAUGUAUGUGUGGAGAUAGAACGCUCGAUACAAUCACUAAUUCUGUCCACGGACUUGUCACUACAACAGGACUUUCUUCUUAAGUUCAAGAAAUCUAUGGAUGAAAUUUCUGUGGACCUGACCAAAAAAGAAAAAAGACAUUUUGUCCUGCAGGUUGCUUUGAAAUGUGCUGAUUUGUGUAAUCCGUGCCGGCCUUGGCCCAUCAGUAAACAGUGGAGUUACCAAGUGUGUGAGGAAUUAUAUAAACAAGGUCAGUUUAGAAAGUGUCCUUGUAGUGCUUCUGGCGUAUUUUGUCUUCGAGGAAAUACGGCCUUAGGUUUGGAAACGCAGCUGAGAGGGUAA